ACCUUCUCAGCGCGACGCUUUGUUGUCACCCGAGACCGGAAACUGGACGUACACGGAAGACAGGCUGGCGGCGAGCGGUGCUCUUGCCACGUCGAAAACCGGGGCGAGUUACAGCUGGGAAAAUAAAUAACGGCGCUUAUCAAAGCGGUUACAUUAAUAUUUUUAGAAAUCGGUCGUGUCCAACAAAGCCAUGUUCUGGCAGGUUUUCCUUGCUGAGGGACAGCUGUAAGGAGAGGGCCUCUCAUGGGACUUUCAACCCGCGUCCAGCGUGGCUCUGAGUCCAGCUCUGUUUUACUUGCUUGGACUCUUGGAUCUGUCCAGUCUUGAGGGUGUUCGUCAGUGCAAAUGUACAUUCCAUUUUCAAAAAUUAAUAUAGGUUUCGGUUAUCAACACCGUGGAUACUUCCCAUGAGGAUAUGAUUCACGACGCUCAGAUGGACUAUUAUGGAACGAGGUUGGCCACGUGUUCCUCAGACAGGUCUGUCAAGAUAUUUGAUGUGAAGAACGGCGGGCAGAUCCUUGUGGCAGAUUUGAGAGGCCACGAGGGCCCUGUGUGGCAGGUAGCCUGGGCACACCCCAUGUAUGGAAACACCCUGGCGUCCUGCUCCUAUGACCGCAAGGUCAUCAUCUGGAAGGAGGAGAAUGGCACCUGGGACAAGAUGUUUGAGUACACAGGCCACGACUCGUCAGUGAACUCUGUCUGCUGGGGUCCCUGCGACUUCGGGCUCCUCCUCGCCUGCGGCAGCUCAGACGGCGCCAUCUCGCUUCUGACGUUCUCGGGUGAUGGCCAGUGGGACGUCAAGAAGAUCCCCAACGCGCACACCAUUGGCUGUAACGCGGUGAGCUGGGCGCCGGCCGUCGUACCCGGCAGUCUCAUCGACCAGCCGUCGGGUCAGAAGCCGAACUACGUCAAGAGGUUUGUCUCAGGUGGCUGCGACAACCUGGUCAAGCUGUGGAAGGAGGAGGACGGCCAGUGGAAGGAGGACCAGAAGCUGGAGGCCCACAGCGACUGGGUUCGGGACGUGGGUUGGGCGCCCUCUAUAGGUCUUCCCACCAGCACCAUUGCCAGCUGCUCGCAGGACGGCAGGGUGUUCAUCUGGACCUGCGAUGACCCUGCGGGGAACACGUGGACGGCGAAGCUGCUGCACAAGUUCAACGACGUGGUCUGGCACGUCAGCUGGUCCAUCACGGGAAACAUCCUGGCCGUGUCGGGAGGAGACAACAAGGUGACGCUGUGGAAGGAGUCCGUUGAUGGCCAGUGGACCUGCAUCAGCGACGUCAGCAAGGGCCAGGGGGCCGUGUCCGGCAUCACAGAGGGCCAGCAGAAUGAGCAGUGAGGCCGGGAGGCGGAGUGCCGGGGGGGAGGGUCCCGGCUGCGCCUGUCCGCGGGUGUGACUCACCCUCGCUCAGAGACUUUCGUUUUUUUAUUGCGUUCCCUACAUGCAUUUUGAACUUGGGGAGUCUGAUUCAAGGUGCUGGUCUGUUCCUCAGUCUUUCUUAAAUGACCCAUCAGAUGUCUUUGUGGGGGCAAAAAUAACACAGGUUUGUCCCAGUCAUUGUUUUUUGCCUCCCCCCAACCCCUAAAAAAGAUUUAAAUAAAGUAUGUUGAUUGUCCUGUUGUAA